UUCACCCUAUCCUGCACGAGAUGCAUAAUACCAAACGACGACUGUCAGUUGAAAGAGAAUAGACAACAUCAAAGUGCACGGUGAUUCCGGCUGAUGAUUGAACAACAUCGAAGUGGAUUGUGUCAUUCGACAGAAACUAGAAGUCGCCAUGCAAAAAAUUUGUGGAAAUAUGCUGAAACUGGGCUUUAUUGGUGGUGGUAAAACCGCCCAAUCGAUGGCACAGGGAUUCAUAUCAGCUGGACUAGUGGACGCAAAAAACAUCGCAGCCAGUUUCAGCCCCAACGAUACUGUCAAUGCGGAAGCAUUCAAAGCAUUAGGGGCCCAGACGUACUUGGACAAUGUGCCGGUUGUCAAGAAAUCGGAAGUGAUUUUCAUUAGCGUCAAACCGUGGGUGGUUCCGACGGUACUGAAGCAGGUAAACAUGGCGAGUAAGGAAAAGCUGUUCAUUUCCAUUGCGAUGGGAGUAAGUUUGGCGGAAAUAGAAGAAAUGCUACUCCCGACCGCUCGCGUGAUUCGUGUGAUGCCCAAUACCUGCACGGCGGUUCGGUCUGGUGCGUCGGUUUAUGUUCGCGGGAAAACCGCCACCGAGGAUGACUGUUCGCUGACGCAGGUUCUGUUCGAAGCGGUCGGAACCUGUGAUGAAGUCACUGAGGCACUGAUUGAUCCUAUUACAGCUCUUUCAGGCAGCGGGCCGGGCUAUGUGUUCGUCAUGAUUGAAGCCAUGGCUGACGGAGCCGUCAAAAUGGGUCUGUCGCGUGAUUUGGCGUACAAACUGGCCGCCCAAACGGUAAUGGGUGCCGGUCGAAUGGUACGCGAAACGGGUGCUCAUCCGGGACAGCUGAAAGAUGAUGUUGCCAGUCCGGCCGGUUCGACGAUCGAGGGGUUGUCGUAUUUGGAGAAGCAUGCUUUUCGUUCCAUUGUCAGUGGAGCGAUUGAAGCAGCGACAUUGCGAUGUCGAGAGGUGUCGAAAAAAUGAAAGAAUGUACUGAAAUUUGUUCCUAACUAUUCAACCGUUUUCUGACAAUAAAUUGCGAGAGAU